AUGCUUUCGACUGUUGGGUUUACUCGAUUGGCGGCAGGCGCCGUGACGCGGACUGCGGCGCGGAGGAGAGGUACGGGAUUGGGAUUGCACGCCGUUCUUGGGCAGCGGAGGAGAUUAUCAUCGGGUUAUGAAGGGUUGAGUUUCAGUCUUGGUCCUGAGGAGCCCCCCCUCCUCACCCAAACAAUCCCCCAGCACUUUUCCCACAUCGUCUCUCAAUACGGCGACCUCCCCGCCGUCAUAGCCCGCAGCCCAACAAUCACCACAUCCUCCUCGUCCCCCACCACCGCCGAGACAACGACCCUAACCUACGCCGCUCUCGACACCCUCUCAAACACCCUCGCCCACGGCCUCCGCGCUCAAGGCGUCCGCAAAGGCGAUCGCCUCGCCGUAUCCCUCGGCAACGGCGCCGAAUUUGCCGCGCUGACCUACGCGGCCUUCAAGCUCGGCGCCGUGCUGGUUCCGCUGAACCCGGGCUUCAACGCCAAGCAGGUCGGCGCCGCGCUACGGCAUCUCGGUGUCGAGGUGCUCGUGAUUGGGAAAGUGACGGAUCUGCCGUACAAGCCGUGCCGGGGGCGGAGUAACCUGGAGCUUUUGAGGACGCUGGUGCCGGAUUUGGAUAAGGCGCAGGGCGUGGUGGAGAGCGAGGCCGUGCCGAGCUUGAAAAGGGUCAUCGUGUUGGAUAAUGCGGCUUCGCAUCCCGUGGUGGGAUUCCCGGGCGGGUUCAGGGCGCUGACGCCGUACGAGGAGGUCCUGCUGGCAUCGGGGUCCGCGGGGCGGCGGCCGGUGGUCCCGGACGCGCCGCUGGAGGCGUCGGACACGAUUAAUAUCCAGUUCACGUCCGGGACGACGUCCCAGCCGAAAGCGGCGAUGCUGACGCACACGUCGAUCCUGAAUAAUGGGCACCUGAUUGCCGAGAGGAUGGGCCUGGUGCCGGGGGACCGGAUCGUGGUGCCGCCGCCGCUGUUUCACUGUUUUGGGUGCGUGCUGGGGUACAUGGCGACGGCGACGACGGGGGCGGGGAUCUUGUUUCCGAGCCCGGCUUUCGAUCCCGCCGCGACGUUGCGGAUGGUUGCCGAGUAUGAUGCGACGGGGUUGUACGGGGUGUCGACGAUGUUUGUUGCCGUGUUGGAGGCGUUGGCGGGCGGAGGGGUGGUGACGAAGGGGGAGAUGCCGGGGGGCUUGCGCAAGGGGAUCGCGGCGGGGAGCUCGGUGCCGGAGAGUCUGAUGAGGCGGUUGUACGAGGUGCUUGGGCUGCGGGAUCUGGUGAUUUGUUACGGGAUGACGGAGACGAGUCCCGUGAGCUGCAUGACGGCGCCCGCGGACGGGUUUGACAAGCGGACGGGGAGCGUGGGGCGGGCGAUGCCGCAUACGGCGGUCAAGAUUGUGGACCCGGCGGAUCGCGGGAGGGUGGUGAAGCGCGGGGAGAGGGGGGAGCUUGCGGCGGCGGGGUAUUUGGUGAUGAAGGGGUACUGGGGCGACGAGGAGCAGACGGCGGAGGUGAGGCGGGAGGAAGGGGACGGGCGGGUGUGGAUGUACAGCGGCGACGAGGCGCGAAUGGACGAGGAGGGGUAUGUUGAGAUCACGGGGCGGAUCAAGGAUUUGAUUAUCAGGGGCGGGGAGAAUAUUCACCCUCUCGAGGUGGAGAAUUGUCUUUUCCAGAUGGAGGGGGUCAAGGAGGUGUCUGUGGUGGGCGUGCCGGAUGAGAAGUUGGGAGAGAACGUUGCUGCGUUUGUGGUGUUGAAGAAGGGGUGGAGGGGCGACGGCGACGGCGAGGGUGGGGAUGUCGGAGGAGAGGGAGGGAAGAAGGUGAUUACGAGGGAUGAGGCGAGGGCUUGGGUGAGGGAGCACUUGUCGAGUCACCUUGUGCCCAAGCAUGUUUUCUGGGUGGACGAUUAUCCCAAGACGCCGAGUGGCAAGAUUCAAAAGUUCAAGCUGAGGGACAUGGCCAAGGACUUGCUCGAGGGCAAGUAA